CAAGGUGACUGAGCCCUCGCCAGGCGCGGGUCGGGGUCUUGGGGGACCCCGGGGGCUGGACCUGUGCCCCGGGCCGUGGCUUGAUCCAGCCUGCUGAGCUUUCUGGCUUCCGUAGCUGGCGGCGAGCCCUGGUCUGCAGAGCCCCGGGCAUGGCGGUGUGGCCUGCGAGACAGGUGGCGGUCUCCGGAGGUCAGCCUUCCCUGAGAGGGUGCCCCCCGCGGGUGGAGGACUCCCCCAGCCACCGCCUUUCCCGGCCCGGUGGCUAGGACAACGCGCAGGACUGGAGGGGUGCGUUCUGCUUGGCCAAAUAGCCCCUGACCAGCCGCCUCUGGCCGGGUUUGGGAUCCUGCUGGGCCCGGGGAGCUGUUUGGGUGUUGAAUGGGCGCUGAACCUGCUUGGAGGGGAGGGCUGGUACCCGACACCCAUAGCUGAGUAUGUGACCCCUUCGUUUCCCUCCAGGAGUGCAGCGGCCUUGGGGAAAUGCCCGGAUCUUUUGUGCCAACAGUGACCGCUAUAUCCACAAGCCAAGACCUCCAGUGGCUGGUGCAGCCUACCUUGAUUUCAUCCAUGGCUCAGUCUCAGCAGCCUUCGGGGCAGCAGCCGCCCCCCCAGCAGCAGCCGCCUCCUCCACCCACAGUGGACCCCUAUGACUUGCCUGGCCCCAGUUAUGCUGCCCCUGGAAUGAGCGCCUACGCUGCCGGUCCUUCAGCAGCCCCCAUGGCUCCGGCCACCCCGCCACGUUCCACCAGGGCCCGGGCCCGAAGGACGCGGGAAGAAACGCUGACCCCUGAGGAGGAAGAGAAGCGCCGAGUCCGCAGGGAGAGGAACAAGCUGGCAGCCGCCAAGUGCCGGAAUCGCCGCCGAGAACUGACAGAUCGGCUUCAAGCGGAGACGGACCAGCUGGAGGAAGAGAAAGCCGAGCUGGAGUCGGAGAUAGCAGAACUGCAGAAGGAAAGAGAGCGCCUGGAAUUCGUCCUCGUAGCUCACAAGCCCAGCUGCAAAAUUCCGUACCAGGACAUAACAGAACUGAGUGGGCAGCCCAGCACCUCGGCAGAGGUGAGCGCCCUGGCCAUGCCGGUCAAGGAGGACCCCUUUGGGCCCACAGUCGCCUACUCGUCAGUGCCCCUCCACUACCAGCAGACCCUGGGCGGACUCCCAGCCACAGCCCCAGCGGAGGUAGCGUUUUCUAGUUCUUACUUUACACAUGGUGAACAGCUGACCGACCCGUACCCAGUUAACCCUUCAUAUACAUCUUCGUUUGUGUUCACCUACCCAGAGGGAGCCACCUGUGGAGCCAGCCACCAGCGGAACGGCAGCAGCGACCACUCCUCGGACUCUCUGAACUCUCCCUCGCUCCUUGCUUUGUGAAACUCAAAACCCACAACUUACGCCUUUGGGCCUAGCCUGUAAGCCCACCCCUGCCAACACCGGGGUGGGCGAAGGGGGCCAGAGCUCCAAUGCGCCUGUGCGCACACCUACCUAACCUGCCAGCUGUCUGGGAGCCUCCAGCCCACUCUGCUGCAGCUGCGGCCGCCACCUCUAUAGCCAUCGCAAUGCGUUCUCAUUAACUCAUUGGGGGCGCAGCACGUGGUGGGGCGUCUCUGCUGACGGUUGUGGUCCUCCCUGGCCAUGGCUGAUUCCCAAAUCGAGAGGAGAAAAGAGGACGCUUCUGGGCUGUGCGUUGGACCCACCACCCUGGAGAGUUCUGAGCCCACCUUUUUCCCUGGAAACAGGAUUUGCCUUCUACUGAAUUGAGACGCUUCGUUGAUCAGAGCAAGGAUGUUUCCUUCCAUACCUUACCACUGUUGCUGUAAAAAGCCGAGCAAAGGGGCUGCCCUGCGGAGAGGAAAAAUGGAGGAGGAAGGGCCCUCCCCGUGCUCCCCCCCACUCAGCUCUAAUUUUGUGGUGGCUUUGUGAAUUGUGUUAGUUGCAUGGUUUAAAAAUGGGCACUUUAAUGCUUUUGCUUGUCAGCGUAGCAUCCUGAGUUUUGGAUCUUCCAGGCUAAGUUUGUACAUGAUCUCCAUUCUGUAGGAUGAAAACGUCACAUGAAGUGGCCAAUCACGCAGAUUUUUGGGGAUUAUUUUGGCACAUUCCUGCUGAAAGCUUUUGCCAUAUUAAAGCGGGCCAGAAUAUUGCGCCCUUGGUUCUUAAAAGCCCAUGGAUUUCAGCAAAUUGUAAGCUUCUGGACUGAACUUAGGCCUGCUGACUCACUGACCUAGAGGUUGGUGGGUUGCAUUUCUUCAGUGGGCAUUCGGCUCUCACUGAAAUGUACAGUGAAGUAGAUUGAUUGAUUGAUUGAUUGAUUGAUUGAUUGAUUGAUUGAUUGAUUGAUGUGUGCCAUC